UCAGAUCGUGCUAGGUCUUCAGUUCCAACAACGAGCGAAUCAUAAACGGAUGUUUAAUUCCACGGAUUUUACUUUUCCCUGUUAAAUUCAAAACUUACGAUUGCAAAUAUUCAAAUUGAAUUGAUUUCUCAGUAGCAUUAAACAAAUAAACGAAUCUCGAAUAGUUUAGGUUUUGGUUUUUUAUAAUAAGAAGAAGUGCUUUUUGCAGCAAACAGUCGUAGUUGUGUCCAAAUUCUGAGUAUCAAAAUGUACAUCUCCACACGAACCUACAAAUUCAUUGUGAUGUCUAUAAAUGUGAUUUGUGCGAUUCUAGGUUCACUUCUAAUAUGGUUCGGUGCUUGGCUAUAUCAAAGCGUGGAGGAUGCCAAAUUCGACCAUGGAGAAGAAUUGGCCUCUAUUGUAAUAAUGACGCUGGGUGCGGUGCUCAUAUGUACAGCUAUCUAUGGAUCAGUUGUUACCGUACUGGGUCACAUCAACAUGUUGAUUGGUUACGCAGUUGUAUUGAUUGUUUUACUAGUCAUACAAAUAAUUUUGGUAAGCAUCAGCUAUACUGCGUUAAACAAUGGCGUUUCCGAGAAACUUCAACAAGGCUUUGACGAGCUCUGGGAUCCGUUACACCGUGGACCAAGCGCUGCCUUGUCUUUCUAUGAGGAAUGGCUACAAUGUUGCGGUAGGAAUAGUCCCGAAGACUAUUACCUUCUCGAUAAAUUUCCUACCAACAGUUGCUGCAAAGACCACAACUGCAUCAAGAUCUUCAAUUUGUACAAGGAUGGUUGUGAGGACAAGUUUCGUGACUAUGUCAAAGUCAAGGUCUAUAAUUUCAAUCUACUCAGUUGGGUGAUCAUAGUGACAGAGUUUGUUGGCUCCAUAUUUGCUUGUCUCUUGAUAGACAGCAUACGAAAUUAUAGGGACCUGCAGCGUUUCUAUAGUUGAAACUCGUAGUAAAUCUUAGAAAUAUUUCCGUUUAUUAGAUACGAUAGCUCAUAGAAAAUUUCGAGCCAUGCUUAAGAAUAAUAAAUUUUUUAUUAUAUAAUAAAGUUAUUUGAUUACAUACCAGCGCUUACAAGCUUAAGAAAGAUUUAGAUUAGUUGAAUGUCAUGGAUACACCCGUUUAUUAUCAUCAUCGAUUUGGCAUUAGCUGGCUCAAAAUACGGGCAUGUUUUCAAAACCAGUUAAAAAUACGUUUUUGUGUUUUUAUGAAUGAAUCGAACGAAGUAUUGUACACCGAAAAAAAUAAGCCUCGUUUUAAGUAUUUUUGUUUUUAAUUUAAUAAAUUCAAAGCCUUGUCUGUAACUAUACAAAAUAGUUGAUGAAAUGAA